AUGAUAAUUUCUACUUAUAUUCACUAUCAAACCCGUUUUCCAGAAGCCGAAGCCGCUCUCAAGCCACAAUUCGACGUCUACGCGAAAGCUGUUGAUGAUGAGAAAUGGGAUGUUGUAGAGGGAUUCUACCAUCCAAAUGGAGUUUUGGUUCACAAGGAUAAGGAAUGCACUUUUGGAAAUAAAGCCAUCACCGCUUACGUUGCCAAGUUUGCCGAAGGAACUGGAAAGUCUGUGGCCACAGUCUCCAACCCCAAAUACGAGGGAGCUGGAGACUACCUGAUCAUCACUGCCGACUUCUCAGCUGACACUGAAAAAGCUGGAACCGUAAAGGGAAGAUUCUUGCAGAUCUGGAAGAAGGAGGGAGAUAGACACUUGGUUUUCCAUGAUGAAUUCGAAAUUACUGCUUAG